CCAAAUAUUCAAUUUGGGCAUACAGGCAUAGCGCAUAGCGGGAUUGCUGCAUUUUGUUUAAGUUGUUGUAGCAGUACGGUAUUGGUAUUCAGGUGUUAGUACCGGUAUUUAUUUACGGUUCAGGUACGAAACGACUGCAAUACGGCAGUCGCAAUUUCAGUGACGCCAGCCCACUUUCAGAGUUUUGAUGUAGGCUAGCCGCCUGCACAUUUGAUUGUCUGAUUGUGGGGAUUGGUUUUGUUAUUGAAGAAUAUGUUAUGUUAUUACUGUGUUAGUCCCUCACCUAAAUUCCAGAAUUCAUUACGGUUUUUUUUCUAAAUCAAACUCCAUAAAUAUAUGGAUGGUUAACCCUCCGUCUCCCAUGUCUGCAUGUAGAAUUGCUGAAUUGUGGGGUUCAAGUUAUCCUAAUAUAGGUAACUUUAUGCCAUUUUGUUUACCAACCUUUCUUUUGGGUAAAACAUGAUGAAUGAAGAGCUUGCCAAUGAUUUCGACAUUAUUGUUGUUGGGACAGGUCUUUCAGAAUCGAUAUUAUCAGGAGCACUGUCGCGUAUUGGGAAGAGAGUUCUUCAUCUGGAUCAAAAUAAAUACUAUGGAAGUAAUUGGUCUUCAUUUAAUCUACGAGCAUUUGAAGCUUGGAUUGAAGAAAGAGAUGAUGAUGCCAGAGUCUCAGUGAAUGAGAUUUCACAGGAAAUAAACAAUGAAACUGAAGAAUUAGUAAUUGUAGGAAAUAUUCGUAAAACCACUCAACAAGGAGUAGUGAAAUGUUAUCUACCUGAUGUCCCUAAACCAAGUAGUCAAUUGGACCAAGAUCUUCCACUAGCAGACGAACUAAAAUCUGAUGUAAAUUCGAAAAGCAAAGAUGUCUCUGGCGAAGGGAAUGAUCAAAGCUUUACUCAACAUGCUCAAAGAAGUCCAGUGUCAGAGGAUAUUGAGACAAUACAGCAAAUUGAUCAAAAACAAAUGGAAGACUUAGAAACAAUGGAUAAUGGUGCUGACAAACAGGAAACUGAAACUAAAAAUGAAGAACUAAAAAACAGUGAAGAAGCCGUAGAAAAAAUUGGAGAGAGUAGUGGAAUUUUAAAAAAUUUAGCAAAACAGGAUAAUUCUAAAUCUAUUAUUGAUGAUAACUCGAAAGAAUAUUUUUAUUCAAAAUGGAGACAUUAUAACUUGGAUCUAGCUCCAAAGUUGAUGUUUUCAAGAGGGAAAUUGGUUGAUUUACUUAUUACAUCUAAUGUUAGUCGAUAUCUCGAAUUUCGGAAUGUUACAAGAACUUUAACUUUACUCAAUAAUGGUGAGAAUACUCUUCCAAAAUUAGCUCCAGUUCCAUGCUCUCGGACAGAUGUGUUUACAAGCAAAUUUGUUACCAUGAUUGAAAAACGAAUGUUAAUGAGAGUAUUAACUAUGUGUGCGAAUUAUGAAAGCCACCCUGAAGAAUAUGCAGAAUUUGAGGAUAAAAAAUUUAUUGAAUUUCUUGCUGCGAAAAAACUCAGCAAAAAACUACAACAUUUCAUAUUGCAUUCAAUAUCAAUGGUUGAUGAGAAUACAAAUACUGUAGAAGGACUUAAGGCAACUCAAAAAUUCUUGAAUUCUCUUGGUCGCUAUGGAAAUAGUGCAUUCUUAUGGCCACUAUAUGGUGUUGGGGAGCUACCACAGGCAUUUUGCAGAUUAGGAGCUGUUUUCGGUGGAACAUUUUGUUUGAGCAGAUCUCUCCAUGCUCUUAUAAUCAACAAAGAAAGCAAAAAAUGUGUUGGGAUUAUCGAUUCAACAGGUCAAAGACUUCGAAGUGAGCAAUUAAUACUAGACGAAUGUUAUGUUCCAGAAAUUAAUUGCAAUAAAUUUACGAACAUUAUAUCAAGAGCGAUAUAUGUCACUGAUUGUUCAUUACUACAGGCUGAUAAAGAAAAUAUGUCUCUUAUUACAAUACCACCCAUGUUAGACUUACCAUCAUCUCGUCUUAUUGAACUCGGUCCAUCAAGUUGUGUGUGUCCUCCGAAAUAUCAUGUUGUCCACGCUAUGACAAGCAUUGAGUCAACAUCUGAAGAUUUUCUGCCUUCACCUCAAUCAAAAUUUUGUAAAAUGGAAGAAAUUUUAUUUGAUAAAAUUGAUCAGAUCAGUGAUGCUGAUGUAUCAAAACAAGAAAGUAAAUCAACAGAACAAGAAGCAACUCAAACCUCACACUCAGUGGUGGAGUCUGAAUGUGAAAAGGCAAAAAAACCUCGAGUGCUUUGGUCAGCUUACUUUAAUAUGUUGAGUGGAGGAGUCAAAACCCAGUCUCUGCCCAGCAAUCUUUAUGUAACAAAAGGACCGAAUAUGGAUCUUGGAUUUGAUGAGACUGUUUCAGAAGCUCAGCGUCUUUUUGAAGCUAUCUGUCCAGAUGAAGAAUUUUUGCCACGAGCUCCGAAUCCAGAUGAAAUUGUUUAUUUUGAUCAAGACGACGAAGGUUAUACCACAGAAACCAAUGGUACACAGAAUGAUAGGCAACAACAGCAAGAUAUGAGAGAAUACCAAGAAGAUGAAAGUGAGGUGGAUGCAGGAACUGGGGAACCACCAGAUCAAGUGCAAACUUCAGAGGAAAUUCCCAAUGAUUCUGCACAAUUUGGUGAUCUGGAUUCAAAAACCUUGUAAAUUAAAUCAACAUUGCAUGUGAUAAUAUACAGGCCGUUUGCUCUAUCUACUGUAUACCAAUCAUCAUUUAACUCUUGUCAAAAUGUAUAGUGUUAGAUGUGGCAUGUGUUUGAUAAUCAGAACUGAAAAAGGUAGCGAUUUUCAGCGUUGGAUCAAGUGUUCAUAGUUAGCAGUUCUGUCGUAAUAUUCAAGAGGAAUUUUGUUUGAAAGUGUAAAUAACGAAUAAGAGGUUCCUUUUUAUCAGAAGCUAAACAAAAAAAUUGAACAAUUUAUUCAAGUAUCUGGGGCAUAUUCCGAUAUUGAAAUUUACUACAAUUCCUAUAAAUAAUGGAGCAAUUAAUGUACAGGGUAUGUGCAAAUCAGUAAAAUAGUAAACAAGCUAUUUGUCAAUUCUUUUAAAUUUGUGUCACUCAUGUGAUGUAAAUUUACUGAAUAUUUCUUGCACACAAGCCAGAUCCUUCUACUCGAACCUGGUAUUGCAUCGAUAGAUGAAAAUUUUUGCCUGCUUUUUAUGUCUUCUCAUCCUGCUACUUCGAGCUAAUAAAACUGGGAUGAGGUUUUAAAAAGGUAUCAAAUUUUGGAAAGCACUUCUAUAAUCAAUAUUUUGUAGUAUUACUUUAUUUCUAAGUGUUACGAUUCGAAGUGAGUUUUACACAAAUUAUACAGCAGAUUUGUCGCAGGUCAAUAUAUCGUUCUCUUCAAUAUAUACAGUAUAUCUUUUUAUUUAUAUUGUCCGCAUGUUUUUGUGCAAUAAAUUGUCAUCCAAAGAAGUGUGCCGGGA